AUGUCCUUGACGGAGUACGAAGACCCCAUAAUUCUUCUUGCGAGAGAUCCGAACCUCAAUAAAGAGCAAGAAAAGACCGCUGAACUUAUUCGGAUUAUUGGAAAUUUCCCACCUACUGAGAGAAAAGUAUCCAAACUAUGUCUGGCACUGUUGGUGAUUCUCCAAAGUUUGGAGAAAAUCGAAUUGCAGCUCAAAAACUGGGCAUUCAUGUCGCUAGAUAUAAAUUCUGAAGACCAUUUCGAUGCCAAAAGUGGCUCAUCUAUUCACAAUUUCAACAGCAAUGUUGCUACUCGGGUCCUAGGACUUUGUCGUGAUAUGAACCGAAAAUUGAACCAAAUAGCGGCGGACAUAGACUAUAUUACUUCAGUUCUGAAAACAUUGUCAGUCAUUGAAUACUUGCUGGAUUCGGGUACUCUUCUCACGAGUUUAACGCUUCGAAACAUCAAAUUAAAGGACCUUACUUCCGAAAAAAUUACAGUAGCUUAUCUGAAAGCGCUGUUGAUUUCAAUCGGAACAGAAUUGGAAGAAGCUUUGAACAACGGAACCGAAGUUGACGAUACUACGGCUACAUACAAGCAAUUCGUGGCUAGUUUGAUGAAGCAACUUAACAAUGCCAUCGAAUCCGAAGACCUGGCUUCCAAAUUCGAGUGCUUGGCGGUGAUAAGCGAUAUGGAAAAGAUGUUUGAAGCAUGGAAACUUGAACGGGCCCAGCAAACUUCUCAGCAAGAAGACCACAGCGAACUCGAAAGGUUUUCUCACUCCACCCCAGAACCCUUUUCAGCUGCCGAUAGCCGCUACGAUAGCGACGAGGAAUCUUUCUCGACAUCGCUCUCGUCGUACAAUCCACCCGUUAUUCAUUCCAUCACCAAAGCAUCUCCUGAACUUGAUUCGUCCCUCCAUAAGACCACCAUUUCGUCAGAAAUGCCAUUUCUCAUGUCGGCGUUUAGUUCGGCUCGUAAUUUCGAGGAAGAUGUGAGCCACUAUGCGCCCCAUCUGGCAGAUCGAAAGCCCAAGAACACGGCAGCGGCACCCACAAAAUCAACUCAAACCAAAGAAACAAAGCGUAAACCACAGCCACGACCUGUGCUCCAUCACAAGACAAAUCUUCCCGAUUCGAGUCUUUACUCCGAGAGUCAGAUUCUCCAGCCGCUGACCGCCAGCUUGUUGUACGCAAACCGAUCAUUGCUCGCAAAACUUGGAAUCAAGCCACAAGUUAUCGAAGCCGAAAUACCAGUCGAUGAAAAAGAGAACUCGAAGAACAAAGACCACCAAUUGUUCGUACCGCUCACCAGCGAGAAUCUCCUCACCCACAAUAGCCUCGAAGACGAAGUAGAAUAG